AUGGACGCUGCUACCAGCACGGGCGCCAAGCUCGACGCCGAUCUGCGUCGGCGAAACGUCCCUAACUCUAGCAAAGACUCCACAACCACUUUGUUCACGGUCGAACCUGACGUGAAGAAGAACAAAAAGCAGAGCCAGUCUCCAUCUUUGCUCCAUGUCCUCUGCAGCUGGGAACCGAUCAUUGCCCCUGUCAUCUUUACAGCCUUGGCCUUGUUCACGCGGUUGUAUCAGAUUGGUCGCUCAAAUAUCGUCACUUGGGAUGAAGCUCACUUCGGAAAAUUUGGAUCCCAUUACCUCAAGCGCGAAUUCUACUUCGAUGUCCACCCGCCUCUCGGAAAGAUGCUCGUCGGCCUCUCCGGCUAUCUCGCCGGAUACAAUGGCUCCUUUGAGUUCAAGUCCGGUGAGAAGUACCCGGAAGAUGUUGAUUACACCUUUAUGCGCGCCUUCAAUGCUAUGUUUGGCGUUGUGUGUGUGCCUCUUGCCUAUUAUACCGCUCGCGAGCUGAAUUUCCGCCGGGCUACCGUCUGGCUGAUCACUUUGAUGGUGCUGUGCGAGAACUCUUACGCGACUAUCUCCCGCUUCAUCCUCCUGGACUCGAUGCUGCUCUGCUUCACAUUCACCACGAUGUUGUGUUGGGCUCGAUUCCACCGCCUGCAGCGGGUCAGCUUCUCCCCGGAGUGGUGGCUCUGGCUGUGCCUGACUGGAUUCAGCAUUGGCUGUGUCUGCAGUGUGAAGUGGGUUGGCUUCUUCUGCACUGCUGUUGUGGGACUUUACACCGCUGAGGAUCUCUGGAACAAGUUUGGCGAUGUGAAAAUGCCACCCACCCUGCUGGCCAAGCACCUUUUCGCCCGCGUUGGGGGCUUGAUCGUGAUUCCUGUGCUGGUUUAUAUGUUCUCUUUCUACCUGCAUUUCACUGUCCUGUCAAACACUGGUCCCGGUGAUGCCCAGAUGAGCUCGCUCUUCCAGGCAAAUCUGGGUGGUACCGAAGUUGGCAGAGACAGCCCUCUUGAGCUGGUUCACGGAUCUCGUGUGACUAUCAAAAAUAUGGGCUACGGUGGUGGCCUGUUGCACUCCCACGUCCAGACCUACCCCGAGGGAUCCAACCAGCAGCAGGUCACCUGCUACCACCACAAGGAUGCCAACAACGACUGGUUUAUCUACCCUAACCGCAAUGAGCCCGAGUUUAACCCCGAGGGCGAAUUGAAGUACGUUGGUGACGGCGAUGUCAUUCGCCUGAUUCAUGGCUCAACCGGUCGUAAUCUCCAUUCUCACGCUGUUGCUGCUCCUGUCACCAAGUCUCACUGGGAAGUCUCCUGCUACGGUAACAUCACCGUUGGCGAUGACAAGGACCACUGGCAGGUGGAGGUCGUUAACGACGCGGCUUCUCGCGAUCGUUCCAAAAUUCGUACUCUGACCACCGCUUUCCGUCUCCGUCACCCAGCCCUGGGCUGCUAUCUGCGAGCCGGGAAUGUCAACUUGCCGCAGUGGGGUUUCAAGCAGAUCGAGACUACCUGUGUUAAGGAGAACAAGCCUCGGGAUGUGUACACCCAUUGGAACGUCGAGUCGCACACCAACGAGCGCUUGCCCCCUGGUGAUCCUGGUUCCUACAAGUCGCCCUUCUUCAAGGACUUCAUCCACCUCAACGUUGCCAUGAUGACAUCCAACAACGCUCUUGUCCCCGAUCCUGACAAGCAGGACGAUCUGGCUUCCCAGUUCUGGCAAUGGCCGAUUCUCAACGUCGGUCUUCGCAUGUGUUCUUGGGAUGAUGGCGUUGUCAAGUACUACCUCCUCGGUAACCCUCUUGUCUACUGGGGAAGUACUGCUGGUCUCGUUUCUUUCGGCCUGCUCUUUGUCUGGUAUCUUCUCCGCUGGCAGCGUGGAUACACCGAGCUGAGCCAGCAGGACAUUGACCACAUCCAUUACUCUGGCAUCUACCCAGCCAUCGGUUGGGUGUUGCACUACAUUCCUUUCAUUGUCAUGGCCCGCGUAACCUACGUCCACCACUACUACCCCGCCCUCUAUUACGCGAUCAUCGUCUUUGGAUUCUGCGUCGACUGGGUGACCCGUCGGAUCAACCACAUGGUUUCCGCGGCCGUGUAUGGCCUCCUCUAUGCCGUCACUAUCGGUCUUUUCGUUUAUUUCCGUGCUAUCGUCUUCGGUAUGGAAGGAGAUAGCUCACAGUGGGCUCAUCUGCGCUGGCUGCCUGGAUGGAAGAUCUCCAACUAG